UCUCCCGGGCUGGGCUGCUUGUCGCUGAUGCUCCAGGUUCGCUGAGAGAAUUUGCAGCAGGGAGUGCUACCGGGAAAGCUAAUACAAUAAGGCAGUCUGCUUCCCUUCCUUCGGUUCCCCGACUCCCACCCAUCUAUCUACCCAGAGAGCACCCUAUCCUCUCAACGGGAGAAGAAGAACCAGAGGGGGAAAGAUAAGAUUUCUAGGGUGCUUUUUUCCUUUCGAAUUCCUCGCCUGACAAAGAAAUCGAUCCCAUUCCCAAUGGCUCUUAUAAUGGAACCAGUGAGCAAAUGGUCGCCGAGUCAAGUGGUGGACUGGAUGAAAGGCCUGGAUGACUGUCUUCAGCAGUACAUCAAGAACUUUGAGAGGGAAAAGAUCAGUGGGGACCAGCUGCUUCGAAUUACCCACCAAGAACUAGAAGAUUUGGGAGUCACUCGCAUUGGCCAUCAAGAACUUAUAUUGGAGGCAGUCGAUCUACUGUGUGCACUGAACUAUGGCCUGGAAACGGAAAACCUCAAAACGCUUUCUCACAAGUUAAAUGCAUCUGCCAAAAACCUGCAGAAUUUUAUAAUUGGAAGGAGGAGGAGUGGCCACUAUGAUGGGAGGACUAGCCGGAAAUUGCCAAAUGACUUCCUGACCUCUGUUGUGGAUCUGAUUGGAGCAGCUAAAAGUCUGUUGGCAUGGCUGGACAGAUCUCCUUUUGCUGCUGUGACUGACUACUCUCUCACCAGGAAUAGUGUCAUCCAGCUCUGCCUGGAGCUGACAACAAUUGUUCAGCAGGACUGCACAGUAUAUGAAACAGAGAAUAAAAUUCUUCAUGUGUGUAAAACUCUUUCUGGAGUCUGUGACCACAUUAUCUCCCUUUCGUCUGAUCCCCUGGUUUCACAGUCUGCUCACCUGGAAGUGAUCCAGCUAGCAAACAUCAAGCCAAGUGAAGGGCUGGGCAUGUACAUUAAAUCAACAUAUGAUGGCCUCCAUGUAAUUACUGGAACUACUGAAAAUUCACCUGCAGAUCGAUGCAAGAAAAUCCAUGCUGGCGAUGAAGUGAUUCAAGUCAAUCACCAAACUGUGGUGGGGUGGCAGUUGAAAAAUUUGGUGAAUGCUCUACGAGAGGACCCGAGUGGUGUUAUCUUAACUUUGAAAAAGCGACCUCAGAGCAUGCUUACCUCAGCACCAGCUUUACUGAAAAAUAUGAGAUGGAAGCCCCUUGCUCUGCAGCCUCUUAUACCUAGAAGUCCCACAAGCAGUGUUGCCACGCCUUCCAGCACCAUCAGCACACCCACUAAAAGGGACAGCUCCGCUCUUCAGGACCUCUACAUACCCCCUCCUCCAGCAGAACCCUACAUCCCCAGGGAUGAAAAAGGAAACCUUCCUUGUGAUGAUCUCAGUAGGCACCUAGUGGGCAAGCCAGUGCAUAAGGGAUCCGAAUCUCCAAAUUCAUUUCUUGACCAGGAAUAUCGGAAGAGAUUUAAUGUGGUUGAAGAAGAUGCCGUUUUAUAUUGCUAUGAAUAUGAUAAAGGAAGAUCAAGCAGUCAAGGAAGAAGAGAAAGCACUCCAACUUAUGGCAAGCUACGGCCUAUAUCUAUGCCAGUGGAAUAUAAUUGGGUGGGGGAGUAUGAAGAUCCCAGUAAAAUGAAGAGAGAUAGUAGAAGAGAAAAUUCUCUACUUCGGUAUAUGAGCAAUGAAAAGAUUGCUCAAGAAGAAUACAUGUACCAGAGAAAUAGCAAGAAAGAUACAGGGAAAAAGUCCAAAAAGAAGGGGGAUAAGAGUAAUAGUCCAACUCACUAUUCCUUGCUACCUAGUUUACAGAUGGAAGCAUUAAGACAGGACGUCAUGGGCACGCCUGUGCCAGAAGCCACCUUAUAUCACACAUUUCAGCAGUCCUCUCUGCAACACAAAUCAAAGAAGAAAAACAAAGGUCCGAUUGCCGGCAAGAGCAAACGACGAAUUUCUUGUAAAGAUCUUGGCCGUGGUGACUGUGAAGGCUGGCUUUGGAAAAAGAAAGAUGCCAAGAGUUAUUUUUCACAGAAAUGGAAGAAAUAUUGGUUUGUUUUAAAGGAUACAUCCCUGUAUUGGUAUAUUAAUGAAGAGGAUGAAAAAGCAGAAGGAUUCAUCAGUUUGCCUGAAUUUAAAAUUGAUAGAGCCAGUGAAUGUCGCAAGAAAUAUGCAUUCAAAGCUUGUCAUCCUAAAAUCAAAAGUUUUUACUUUGCUGCUGAACAUCUGGAUGAUAUGAACAGAUGGCUAAAUAGACUUAACAUGCUAGCUGCUGGAUAUGCAGAAAGAGAGAGGAUCAAGCAAGAGCAAGAUUAUUGGAGUGAGAGUGACAAGGAAGAAGCAGACACUCCCUCGACACCCAAACAAGACAGUCCCCCACCCCCAUAUGAUACAUAUCCAAGACCUCCUUCAAUGAGCUGUGCCAGUCCAUACGUGGAACCCAAACACAGUCGGCUGUCUUCUACAGAGACCUCUCAGUCACAGUCCUCUCAUGAAGAAUUCCGCCAAGAAGUGGUUGGGAGCAGCGCGGCCUCCCCCAUCCGCAAGACGGCCAGCCAGAGAAGGUCCUGGCAGGAUUUAAUCGAGACGCCCCUGACCAGCUCAGGAUUGCACUACCUUCAGACUCUCCCUCUGGAGGACUCGGUAUUCUCUGACUCAGCGGUCAUCUCCCCAGAGCACAGACGGCAGUCGACCCUCCCAACUCAAAAAUGCCACCUGCAAGAUCACUAUGGGCCAUAUCCCUUGGAGGGAGAGCGAAUGCAGGUGUUGAAUGGCAAUGGGGGCAAGCCUCGCAGUUUUACUCUCCCCCGAGAUAGCGGGUUCAGUCACUGCUGCCUGAACGCCCCGAUCAGCGUGUGCGACCAACCCGAGGAUGCGCAGCAGACCGAGGUGGAGGAGGACGAAGAGGAGGAGGACGAAGAAGGGGAAGCCGCAGGAGAAAACAUAGGGGACAAAAGCUAAUACACUGCGAGAGUUGAUAGAACCUCUCCAUGCCCAAUCGGAUCCACUUCUCUUGGCACUGAACCCAAUGGACUCACAGAUUGAUAAGCUAAAGUUUAGAGAAUUUAGAUCGGAGAGAGUUGACGCGGCGCAGACUCAACUUCAACCGCUUGCAAGCAACUUAAUGGCCUCCAUUCCGAAAACUUAAUAAGUUCUUCUUUGAUGUUUCUAACAGAAAACAGACUUUUAUAAGUUUAGACUACCAAAUGUCUACAUUUGGGGCUUCCAGAAAGGGAUUUUAAAGGGGCAGAGCAAUCUUACGAAGAAUACAUCCUUUCUACAUUGGGACUUAGGCUAAAAUCAAAGCCGAGCAACAUGGAGGACAGUAGCUGAAAAACUGCCAUCUCUAUGGGAGGACAGAAGGGGAAAAGGGUUGUAACAGGGCAAGGGCUCCACAUUGGUGACAAUUCUAUUGUAUUCUUCUGACAUCAAAGAAAUAAAGAGGGAUCAGCUUUGGUAACUAUAAAAUCCUGGCUUUUUGUGGACUCUUCACUAUCUUCUGUCAGGAAAAGUGGAGGAAUAAAAUCCUGUGUGUUUUGCAUUUUUAAAAAAUUACAAAAAGUUGAUUUGUUGUAUCAUCCUAAAUUAAGUAUAAUCUACCAUGGCAAGGUAUACACAGCCUGUUUUAAGACUUAAUAUGUCUAAUAUUUUAUCCUGCAUAUUCUGGUGUAAUAGAGACUGACUUAGAUGACAGUGAUGAAGAAGAUUCCACAUGCUGGGCUUUAUUAGAUCCCUCAGAUAAGAUCUUUAGUUCCUUCUUAUCUUCUGGGACUUGUAUAGAAGUGUGGUUGCCUCAUAGGACAAAAAUAAGGGGUUAUCUAUCAAACACUUGGACUCCAUAGGGCUAUAAUUUUGUUUUUCAGACCAGUAUUUUGUCUGGAUGUCAUUCAAGCUAGAUUCAGA